AUGUCUUCGACGGGCUCCGACCUCGAGAUGUCUGACCAGUCGAUGGGCAAUGAAAGCGACACCUCCGGAGCCUUAACAGCUCAGACUUCGCCAGAACUUCCUCUGCUUUCUGAUCGCCCCGAGGAGUCUUCACACGGUCCCAAACCCUCGAUACGGGACCGUGUCUGCCCCGAUAUAAUACCUGAUUUCAGCGACGACCCUGACGAUGAUACAGAUGAGGACAUCGCAAAUGUUCCUCUGGACUACAGGUAUUCCGACCAAACUAUGGUUCGUCGGGUCCAGAUCAAGCAAUACUGGCAUAAGUACUAUAGAGUAAAGGCUAGAGGCUCUGAUAUACUUCUAAAAUAG